AUUAUGGACAAAGCAAAUGUGGCCAAAGAGGACCUUGUCAAAGUUGUAGAAGAAGAGGGCGAAUCCAAAGGUAUUGUAGUAGCAACUCUUGGCAAAGCCUGUUCAGAAGCAGAGACUCUUAUAAAGAUGAUUGAUUCAGGUAUGAAUUAUGUCAGGAUCAGGCUAUGUCAAAAUAAUUCAUCUGAUUCGAAUGAAUCGAUCUUGGAUUGCCUUCAUGAGACAUUUAAAUACAGGCCGCAUAAAUAAAUGCAAACUUCUUGUUGAUAUCAGAGGAAGAGACAUUACUAUUGGUGCCUUUGAAGAUAAUCAAUCCUUCGUAGACGUUGAUAUAGGAGAAGACAUUGAGAUUUAUGUAGAUGUUGAAGGAACUACCCCCUCAACAAAAUCCAAACUUGUUACUCCUGAGUUAAACAUAGAUAGACUUUUGAGGAAGGGGGAUCUUGUUUAUAUCGGGGAUGGAUCAAUCAAAUGCUCAGUAUUAUCGAACGAAGACGGAACCAUAAUGCUGAGGACAAAAUCAGAAGGAAGAGUUUAUGAAUAUUCUUCUAUAAUUAUUCCUGAUAAGCAUUCCUCACUUUCAAUUAUUCAGGAAAGAGAUAUAAAAGAUCUAGAAGAACUUAGUAAGAAUCAUAAAAUAGAUUAUAUCUCUAUUCCAUAUUGACAAACGGAUGAAGAUGUUAAAGUUGUAAGAAGACUCCUCCCCUUCCUCGAACAGACCAUCAUCAUGGCCAAGAUUGAAGACAAAUAACACCAAAGUCUUCAGAGAAGCUGAUGGUGUCAUCAUCCAGCGAAGAGCUCUCGGCCUUUCAAUUGUCUCAGAGAAACUGUUUGCUCUGCAGAACUUCCUGAUCGAGCAGUGAAAACUCAAUGCCAAACCAGUUUUAGUUGCAAACGAAAUUAUUGAGUCAAUGAUGGACGGAGCACAACCGCUCAGGUCGGAGAUCGCAGACAUCCAGAACUCACUUGUAGAAGGUGUCGACGGAGUCAUUCUUGAAAGAGAAACUUCACAUGGAAUGCACCCAGUCGAAGCAGUAGCUGCCGUGUCAUCGACAAUCUCGGAAGCAAAAUAGCUUGGUUGACCCAGACAAGAAGUAUGACACUUUGUUGUCGGUGUGUGACUACGAAGACAAAGAUGAGCUAUUGGUGAUGAACCUAGCAAAGAUCAUUCUAGACAAAGACAGAGAACCAAUUGACUACAUACUGACUUUGUCUAAGCAGGGGAAGAUUGCAAGAUUGUUAUCAAAAUAUUCGUUGCCUGUGGAAGUAAUGGCAUGUUGAACCGACUCCAAAAUCGUCAAGCAACUCAAUUUAAUUUCAGGAAUAAAAUCAGUUAAGGUGCCGAAUUACACUACCAAACUUCUUGGCCCAGAUCAUCUUUUGAAUAUAAUAAUAAGAACGAACAAGAGCAUGGGUCUUGGGAAAGAAGGAAACUGGAUAGUCGUUUUCCGCUCAAAAGAGAAAGAUGGCAGCCAAGAUGAGACAGACCACUAUUUUAAAUUUGUAAAGAUUCAAUAAGUCUUUAAA